ACGAACGGAUAAUCGUGGUAUUUUCAGUAAGUUUAACACUAUAAAUUGUGCAUUGGAAAUAAUGCGAAAAUGUAAAUAAUACAACAACAUAGAAUGACAUGUCUAUUCACGCGAAAGAAGUGUUGGCGUAGCGCAGUUUCACUACAGUGAUUAUACCAAAUGAUUUGUGGGGUGUUUCGGAUGUCAGUUUAUAUUGUAACUGUACUAUACGCGUGUAGCAUUCAUUCAUAUUUAUUCUAUACCUAGAAUUUAGAAAGUUUUUUUCUCAUAAAACGUGGUUCGAAAUAAUAAUCUAAUUUGUUAUUUAUUAACUGUUCGUAGCUGGAUUGUGUUUAUUUGACUUUGCUGUACAUUUGUGAAUAACAAAUAAAAUUUCCUUUUGGAAUUCAAAAAUGUGGACAAAUGCGAAGGAUUUAACUUGAGUUUGAAAACCAUUAACAUUGUAAAAUAAAAAUGAAAGCAAAUUUCCUCAUUAUAGGAAGCUUAUUACUGACCUUGACGUUGAAAUGCACAGAAGGUCAAGGUGAAACGUUUCCAAAAUGGGCGGAGGACGACUGCCGGAGAAUGCUCCGAGAAGCCACGGAAGUAUCGGUUAAAUCCCCGAGCCCUCCAAAACUUUCGGGACACUGGACGUCUUCUAGUUGUGAAAUAAGACCAGGUCCGGAGUUUGUUUUGAGGAAAUAUUUGUUCCGGCGGAAUAGUUUCCAAGCUCAGCUGUAUUACUACGCAGAUGAACACUGCAAACGUGCCACGCACUUUAUUAGUGCAAAAGGUUCAGUGAAAAUAUCCCGACCCUCAUGGAGGACCCCCGGGGCGCACGAAACCAGAUACACACUGUCAGAUAUCUCCGUCAUUCCGUACACACAAGAAAAAGCUGAACUAUUUGGUAAACUCAUGGUCAGAUACUGUAAACGUUCUGAAGUCACGUAUGUGCUUCCGUACAAAAAAUUCCCAAUCUUUCAGUUUACAAAAUAUAGUAAAAACAAUGAUAAAAAUGAUUUCAUUGAAAGUGAUUUUGAUUGUGCUAAGAUAUUUAAUUUUACAAUGAAUGAGCUACAGCUAGUUCGAAUGGAAAAGAGAAAACUGAAAUCAGCUCGUUACGGUGAUGUUUCGAGGAAAACACGUGCAAGAAGUGAGCUAUUUUUAGGUGAUAUCAGUACGAAUAUGAAGUACAGAAGACAGUACGUACCAACACACUACCAGACGCCUCUCGUGAAGUCCAAGACGCAGGGCUGCAAUGUGUGUCGCGUAAUUGCUAACGCUACGCACAUGUCACCGCCGGUACUCGACGAUCAGGGAACCAUAGAAGUUGGCCUGUAUGGCGAAUGGGUCAGUCAGAGGUGUGAGACCCGACCGAAUGGCCAGUAUCUCACUAGAUAUUUAUCCUUCUUGAAGAACAGAAAAUCGUGGCAGGGUGUGUAUGAGUUCUAUAAAGAUCCACUCUGUUCGGAAGCAACAUUCAAAAUAGAGGUCAAAGGGACGUACGUCAAAGGGCGUAGGUCAGACAAGAUACAUUCGGCGAACAAUUACCUUUUCAAGACAUCUAGGUUAAAAGUGACCGCGUUAGAUUUCCAUACUGUCAGUUACUUGAACAGUUACUAUGGAGACGGGUGUGGUAACCCGGGUACAUGGAAGCUUGGUGUAACACAAGAUGUCACGGACACAAAAGGUUGUGUCACCUUUGGCAUUUCGUUACCAAAUAUAGAAUAUGAGUUGAUGAAAACAGAAUACGAGGGUAGGAAAAGUUUCCUGUUUGUAGGUCAAAGGCCAAGUGAUUUUGUAUCUAUGGCGUCACCUAAAAAUAGACCCACCUCGUUUCAGGGUGCACUUGUUAAAUGUGGCGCGAAAAAUGACGUGUCAAACGAAUUGAAGCCAGUUUAUAAACAGUACUCAGGUCAUAGCGCUGACGAUGGUGAAAUUCAAGCAAGUACGGGUACUGUUUUAAAGCCAUCGGCAUUGAUUAUAGCGUUUAUUUAUACAUUUUGUCAAAUAUUGAAUCACAAGCUGGUGUAAUAUGAAAAACUUGCCUAUAGUGUAUUUCAUUCGUUUGGUUUUCUGAUUGGCGCUGAUUUAACUUUACGAAGACCAAACCAGCAAAGGCAGUGAUUUCGGAACUACUAGCUAGCAGUCCGAGGUAUUGUAUAAUACUAUGUGAACACUGUAUUGAAAUAGUUAGAAUGAUAAACAACAAUGGCUUUAUUCUUAAAGUCUUUAACCAAAAUGUCAUGUAACGUAUUAAAGGAAUUUGUCAAUAAAUUAAAAAAAAAAAGAUGUUGAUAAUUCACGAGUUCGGUCUGUAGUCCGACAGAUAUCGUUCUGUUUACAUCAAAUUUUCUUUUUGCGUGAUAGCGCUGUUUGCUACAUGUUUUACGUAUUUCGCACACAACAUGAGUGAUUUACAUACAUGUACAACACAGAUCUCGUCGAAUCAAUUUUAGUGAACUUUUGAGUUACCAGAAGAAUUACG